AUGAAUGUGGAUCCGCGCACCCACGAAACUUACCGUGUUGAGGCCGGCGAGGAGCGUGUUAACCGCUGGUCUGGCGGCGAGCAUCCGGUGAAGAGCAGCGGUGGCGGCGAAUCCCAGAUCGAACGGCGGGGCCACCGGCGGGACCAUGGCGAGCGUGUACUCGACCGCCAUGAAGAACAGGACGCAGGCGGCGAAGGCGCAGGGCACGGGGUGGCGGCGCGGCAGGCCGAGCGCGUCCCCCGCCGUCCAUCCCAGGAAAUGCGGGUUUCCGGCGGUGAACGGAGCCGCCGACGGCCUCUUCCUCAUCGAUUGAUCCUCGGCGCCGCUGGGGAAACGGCCGUUGGCUUGCGGUGGCGGCGCGUGUUUGUUUCUGGGGGAGGAACGGAGGCGGGGGGUGGGGGUUACGGCCAUCGGCGGCGGGGACUAAGCCCCUACUACACCAAUCAAUGGCAAGAUAACUUAUCAGUGGGUACAACAACUUUACCCGACACUAUCUCGAAGACUGGUCUUGUGAAGACCCGCUUUCUGGCGGUGGCACUGUACCCCAUUUACCUUCAGUUUCUAACGGCUCAAGCACGUGCACGCUGCCAUCUGUCAAUCCUAACGCGAAUUGAUUGGGUUCGGAUGGAUGAGCUGUGA